GGAACGGUUAAUGGAAUGGAUGACGGUUUUCUGUCUGACGUCACGAGGUGGGCCGGUCUCAGAGUGUGUCUCGGUGGGCGGAGCUGGAAAGCUCAGUCUGGUCCCGGAGUGUGGACCGGAGCGGGUGGGGGGAGGAUGUUGCCCGGCAGGAGGAACGUUUAUGUGCUGCUGGACAUCCUGUGUGUCAGUGUCGGUGAGUCCAAAACUUUCCCUUUACAUCCAAGUACCUUCCCGUCUGGGGACACUGCCAUUUAAACUUUUUAUUCCACUUAUCCAAUCUAGCCUCCUCCCUUCUUUCUAUCCCGGACACUACUCACUGUUGUGGAGUCUGAACGCCCCCUCCGCAUUCCUGGACUUUUCCCAACUCUACAUAUGUUGAUAAUCUCCCUUGAAUAUACCCCAACCCACUCCCACAUGUUCCUACUUUAUAUGUGCACCCCAGUCUUUCAGUAUGAUAUCUGCUAUCUCUCCGUGGAAUGGCUCCUAGUUUAUAUUCCAGUCUCUCUCUUUGUCUCUCCCAGUCUUCCACCCAUCACACUCUGUUCUCUCUCCAGAUGUGCUUUCACCCCUGGACUGCAUUAUCCAGCUUUACUUUCUGCACUCUUGUGUGUCACCAUAUGUUGCUCUCUCUUGUGGAUCAAUAUCCCCGUUUUCUGCCCUCACAUCAUGCACCCUAACCCUGUCCUACCUGGAAGUUUUACUAUUUUCCUUAACUCUGAUACUCUCCUAAUUUACUUUUCAUAUUGUCUUAUCGUUUUCCUCUCCCCAGCCUGCCAUUUCUCAUGUUGUCUCUUUAGUGCCCUUCACUGUUCUGCACUUAGUCUUUGUUUGUACCCCUGCCACAGCCCUCUUCUGGGUCCUCAAUUUCUGCAAGCACAAUGUUUUCUUCCUGUGUCCAUUAAGCACAAAAGUCAAGUAUGCUGUUACCUCCUGCAGCUCAUAUUGUCCCGAUUCUUACCUGUUUGUGUAGGCGUGCAUGUACUUUGAUACCAGUUUCUGUUUAUUAGCUGUAUAGGCUGGAUAUUGAUCUGCAGUCACUGGCGAUUGCUGUGGUUAGGGUUGUUAUGUGUGUUUUGAUCUAUUUAGCUUAUAAUUUAUUUAAACAUUUUCAGUUUAAUGUAUAACUGCGUCAGUCUGUGCUUUACAUAUAGACCUGUUGUGGGAUAGCUUCAAGUAAUUGGUUGCGUGAUUGUCCUUAUUUUAUUUCCAUUAUGCAUCCAUUCUACGGCAGGAUUCUCAAGUUGGAGUAAUCAGCUGAUAGUCUAUUGGUUUCCAUGGUGAUUGCGUUACUAUUGGAAUAUUUUAUAUAUAUAUAUAUAUAUAUAUAUAUAUAUAUUGUUUUCCUUUCUAAAUAAUAUAAGAACCAAACUAAUUGGUCUUUAUAAUUAUCCAAUACUCUUAUCAAUAUAAAACAUUCUUGUCGCCCACCAGGUUAAAAGUAGCAUGUGGCUCUAAUGUAUACCACGCAGUUUCAGAACACACAUCUCAUCAUUUCAGUUUGCUGGAUAAUUACAAAUUGUUUUUCUAUGUGGUUUUGGCAAAAGGGAGAAGACUUGUUGUGGUAACUUAGUAGACUAUUUUUAGCCAUUUGUAUAAUAACAGGUAACACUUAUAUGAACUUUUGUUUUCUUGUCAUUUAAAUUGAUGAUACCUGAAUGUCCUCCAUAUUGUGAGAUUUUACAUAUGCAAAUGAGACUUCAAGCUAUACUAAUGUGUCUGAAAAUAUGUAGAUUAAGAAAGGAAGCUUUUUUUUUUUAACUUAAAAGCCACAGUUCUGUUUACCACAAUGCUAAUGUGUUGUAGCCUGAAGAGCUCAUAAUUGAUUCAAACUUUGUUAGCCUUUUUUUUUUCUCUCCAUUUUUAGUGAUCACUGUGCAACAAACCUGAUGUAUGUUGUUUUUUUUAUUUAUUUUUUUAUAUACAGAGAUAUGCUAUAAAUACAUGAGGAAACAUACUUCAAAUGUAAAAUUAUAUAUGAACAACAUUUUAAGUAGUAUUCAGGUGAAUAUGUGUUGGGGGGUGGGAUGUAAGAGGUGGCCUUUUUGUCUUCUUCUGGGUGUAAUAUUUGCCACCCUGCCUUUGAUUACAUUGGGGGAAGGGACAUAGGCAAAAGUGGAACCCUCCUGGCUAGGAUCAAAUAUCUGACACUCUCCCAUUGUUAGCCUCCCCUUCACCAAACAAGCCCUGUAUCAGCUGUGGAGCAUUACUGUUUAAAAACUUGGCAUGCUGCUUUAAUAAAGAUGUACAUAAGCUUUUUGUACAAAGGGAUACUUCAGAAAAAUGUUUUGUAAAUGGCAGGAAGAAUCCUUUGGUGUCCAAUCGUGAUCCUUGUUAUCACAGAGAUUAAAUACCUUUUCUGACUUAAACGUCCGUGGAAGUGCAGUGAGCAGAAUUUAAAAUUUAAUGUUCUACUAGCUGAGUCUAAUAUUUGCCCCCUUGUGUUCUGUCACCUUUUUAACUUGUACAUUUAGUAUAUUUUAAUUUAUGCUCAUGUGAAAUUCUUUCAUAUAUAAUCCAUUUUCAUUUUGUGAUAUGUUACAUGUUGUCCUUUUUACAGACUGUAUUUCGUACCCGUACUUUUACCCUCUGUCACUAUACCCCACUCCCUCUAGAAUGUAAGCUCAUGGAGCAGGGCCCUCCACCCCUCUGUUCCUGUACGUCCAGUUGUCUGGUUACAAUUACAUGUCUGUUAGUCCACCCAUUGUACAGCGCUACGGAAUCUAAUGGCGCUAUAUAAAUAAUAAUAAUAAAUCUGCUGAUGCUUUAUACAUUUGCAAAAUGUACAUUUUUCCUAUGUUAAUGUGGAUCUCAAGAGAUCAACAAUCUAUAUUUAUCUACAAAGGAUGCAACUUGUGUAUAGCCUUGGAAGCGUCUGUAUAAUAGGCGUAAACCUGAAUAUCAGACAAUUAUGCAACAAGCACGCCCACUCCCUGUCAAAGUGCCAAUUAUGGGUGUACAUGGAAAGCUGCUUAGGCAGAUAACUAAUAUCAAGCAUAGAAAUUGCAGACCACAGUGAAUAGUUGUUUUUAUUUGUAGUCACUGUUUGUUAGCAAUGAGUAUAAUAUUUCAAGAAGUUAGUGAGUCCAUAAGAUUGUAUUUUCGUGUUAAAUAUACUCGCAAUGGAAGAGUAGAUCAAUUUUCGGGCAAAUCUAUAAACUUUGGGCAAUUCGUAUCCAAUGCAUUGUUUCCUAUAGGGGUUUUUUCACAGCUUAAUGCUGCCAAUGGAUCGCAUUCAUAUUUACAUAAUGGCUAGGGAUUAGGGCCACACGUUGUGGUCUGUGCAACUCGUGUGUGGCAUCCCAUUCAACCACACAGUUUUAUUCUGUGGGCAGUGUGGCAUGUUUUGUGAGUUGUGUUGGAAUCACUGGUUUUUAAAACCCAGAAGUGGAUGGAGCAUCUAAAUAUGUGAUGGUUAAAUGUCCUGCACAUGGGCAGAGGACACCCUAGUGGUCAUAAAAAAAUACAUUAAAAAAAAAUAUAUAUAAAUAUAUAAAUAAAUAUAAAUAUAUAUAUAUAUAUAUAUAUUUUUUUUUUUUCCUUUGGGUUUUGCACACAUUUUUCUGUCUUCCAUCAAAUAACCUUUGAGUGCUUUGUUGUGUAAUAAAAUAUAUGGAUUUGUGAAUAGUCAGUAGGGAGAAGAAUCUCCCAGGUACAACCAGGCACCUAGGUAUACAACCACACAUCCGAUAAGAAUAUUUGUUUUACAUUAAGAUUUGUUUUUAUUUUAGUAUUUCUUGGUAGCUUCACCUGUUUUUACUUUCAUGAAAUCUUGAGACAACAAAAAGUUGUGAGACCGCAAACAGUUGCGUGUUUUUGUUUGUGUGUAAAACGCAAAACACAUUGAGUCCUAUUUUUUUAAAUUAAGAAGGUAGCACUGAUCCUGGCCACAUAUUCUUGGUUUUCGUUUAUUUGCGUAGCAGACUUGCUGACGAUUCAGGAAAUCACUGAAGUGGCCAUGGUACUUGGAGUAACGAUCUAAGGGAACACUAAAGAGUUAGACAAGGCAAACCUGCCUUUAUAAUGCUUUAAUGUCCCUAGUUAUAUAGUUCCCCUGAGUGUGCCAUAAAAUUAUUAAAUGGUUAAAUGAAUCGUUGUUUUUAUUUGUAGUCACUGUUAGUUUAACGGGAUCAAUGCCCCAGGCAUGGUAGACUUUAGGGGUCCUUUAAUGUUUCUUCCAUUAAAAGCAACUAUAUUAAUAGCAGUUUUUGUAACACAGCCAUGGCUUGAUUAGAGUGUGGCAGAACAGACAAAUUGUAGAUGCUGCAUUUCUGCAAAACAAGUAUAUGCAUUCUCUGUAUAAUGCACUAAAUACACUGUACUCUCUUUAAAGCACCUUUUACUUGACAUCACAUGGCAUACUUUCUCUUGCUACCUUUUUGGUUUCCUCCCUUGUUCCCCCACCCCCCCACUUGAACGUGUUGUAGGCAGUACUUUAAAAAGAUUCAGGUGAUCACCUGAGAAACCUGAUCUACAAGAUCCUGACUACUUAACUCAGGUGUGUCAUCCGCCCCUGUGUGCAGUAAGGUGUGUUUUGGUGAGUGCACAGGUGUUGCCUGCAGUUUAUAUCUACUGCAUAUAAUGUAUGUAUAUGCAAUUGGCCUAAAAGUGUAGCAGUUUAUUGUAGGAUACAUGUAUAAUAAUAAUGUAUCAUGUUACACUCAGUGUUUUUGCAUUACUAAAGUCCAUCCAUUAUCUACCUGUUUUACCUCCGACUGGGUGUAAUUUUAUAACCUAAUAAGCCUGAACAAAAGGUCGGUGUUCGAAGCUUGAGGUUGAUGUGCUUAAAGGGACACUCCAGACUCCUAAAUCACUUUAGCUUGAUAGAAAGCAUUGUGUGUGAAGAUUGUCUCCUUUUUUUUUUUCAUUUUACAAGUGCAAAUUUCAAUAGAAAUUUACACUUUUAUAAAGUAACCUGGUUACAGCAGGUCCUACUUCUUGUUGUGGUUAGCUCAGUGGAUCUAAACUUAAAAGGCAGCAAUUGCUCUGUGCACCUGGCUUGCAAAGACUUUGUAUUUAGCUCCAUUUGGGAAAUCUGUGAUUGGACAGAAAAAUAAAGUCUGUGCAGGGUUAGAACGGGAUGGCUUUCAAAGGCAGCAGACAAGAGAGAGGCAGGUUUUACAAGCUGUUUUUUGAUUUACAUCCUGUGAAAAUAUGCAUAAUUAAAAUUUGGGGAAUAUCUACGAAGCAUUAAUUUUUAUUUAUUUUGUAUUUGGGCAGUGGAUUGUCCCUGUAAUGGCUUGCAGUGUAGAAUAUUAUCACUUCUGUUGCUAGUGGGCUGACUACAGACUCCAAAUAUGCACUAAAUUUACAUUAGGCAGCCUGGAACGUUCUGGGCUGCCUAAAUCACAUGUGCAUGUUUAGUGCCAUUGCAACCACAGUGAGGGAAGCUCUGCCUUUUGAAAACAAUGUGUCUUGGUAAAAUAUUCAAUCUACAUAAUGUACAUUGUAAAAAUGAAUUAUUUAGUUUGUAUCUUUCCUUUAUCAGAUGCACACACUGUUUUUAGCAGUUUGUGUUCAAUGAAUGAAAUCAACUAAUUUACAAUUCCAUUUACUUUUAUUUUAUGCAACUAUUUUAAUUUUCCUCAAAUUACAGUAAAGCACUAUUCAUUUUGCAAAUAGAAUAAAAGGUUAACCUCAUUUGGCCAGGUACCUAUAAAGAGCCCUUUAAAAAAAUGUCUUGUGCUUGUUUCCUUUGUAAGGUGCUACACAAUUCUUUAUGAAGGCACAAUCAAUCCAGGGAACGGAAGUUUCUCUCCAGCAAGAUAUCAGUCUGUAAAUGAUAUGUGCAACAUGAUGAUUCUUGUGGCAACUUCAAUUAAAGGAACACUAUAGGUCAGGAACACAAACAUGUAUUCCUGACCCUAUAGUGCAAACCCACCAUUAGGGUGGCUUCCCCCAUGCCCCCCCCCCCCUCCCCCUUACUCCACUUAAAAGCAUGAAAAAAUUAUUUCUAGCCCCGUGCAGGUCUGCCAGGACUGGCCCCGCCCCCUUGAUGACAUCAUAAUUGCUGAUUUUUAGCCAAUCCAAUACUUUUCCAUGGCGAAAACAUUGGAUUGGCUAAAAUCAGCAAGGGGUGAGGCCAAACACCAUUUUUGCAAAUCAGCACCUCCUCAUAGGAGGAAAACUCAGCAUCUCCAUGCAGAGCGUGGGGACGCUAAAUGGCAGAGCUUCCUACUGUGCAGCACUGAGCCAGGAAGCACCUCCAGUGGCCAUCUGAAAAGGCAGUAUUUAUGUGACAAUGCCUGCAUAUAAUGAUUAUACUCACCAGAACAACUACAUUAAGCUGUAGAUGUUCUGGUGACUAUAGUGUCCCUUUACAUUUUGCCUAAAUCACGCCUUUAGUGGCUGUUAGACAGCCAGUAGAGGUGUAUCCAACUUAAGACCUUUGCAUUUCAAAGGUCUUCACUCUGUAUCAUCAUGCACAGCGUAAUGACGCUGAACAACUCUAAUGCUUUUCUUAGAGAAGCAUUGUAGUCAGUGCACCUCCAUGAAAGUAUUGGAUUGAUGGGGUGACACAACUGCCCAUUUAGAAAAAGUGGCUGUAACAAAGAGCAUGGGAACCUGCCCAGGUGCUGGAAAGAAAAGGUUUUUUUUUUUUAGUUUCAUAACCUAAUUUAAUCUAAACAGGUAUAGCUUAAUAUAAAAAAUAAAUAUAAAUUGUAUGAGUCCCAGUAUGGCUGAUUAUAUAUACAGCGCUGUGGAAUUUGUUGAUACUUUAUAAAUAAUCAUAAUAAUGUUUGUUGCACUUUACCUUUGGUCCCAUCUCCUAAACCCUAGGGAAAUUAGUCGCCUGUACUAUAAACGCCUUUAAACGCACACAAAUUUUGUUGCACUCACUGCGUAUUCCACUACUGGCCUGGUGCUAAUCAGCAAAAACAUAGAAAGGUAAAGUAGAUAGCACUCCUCUGUCUUUCUUGUAAGUAAAAAAUAGCUUUUAUUGCUCAAAAUUAAAAGAUCAACGUUUCAUUCUGCUGCUGCAAACUUUCAUCAGGACAUGUUUGCAGCAGCAGACUGAAACGUUGAUCUUUUAAUUUUGAGCAAUAAAAGCUAUUUUUUACUUACAAGAAAGACCGAGGAGUGCUAUCUACUUUACCUUUAUUUAUAUUUAUAGAGAUAGAGAAAUAUAAUCUGCUCUAGCAGGUUUGAUUAAGUAUUAAAUUGUAGUUUGUUCACCGUAUUCGUCUGUAGUUGCAACCAGAACUAGCUUGUUUGCUAAUCCCGUGGAAGGAUAUUAUAUGACAUAAUGGACGAGCCCAGUCAAAGCUGGAAGUGGCCUUUAUUUUUACUGCAUCAUAGGAAUAAUUCUUUAAAAUGCUAACUAAAAAUAAAUUAUCUUCAUAACUGUUCAUACCCUGAGGCUUUGCGCCAUCUGCAGUGAACACUCACUGAGAUAGAAAUGGCUUUAGUAAUUGUGCUGCUCUCAUUCUGUUCAGAAGAGUUUUCAAUUUAACCCACAAACUCCCAAAUAGCAGAAAUUAACGGGAUAAGCAGUUUAGCACUUUGCAGCAGUUCCAUUGAUCACAUAGUUUGAAUGGAAGACAAUGAGCGUAAAAUCACCUGAAUGAGCAGAGGAUACAGGGCCAGGUUGAUAGCUUUUAUUUUAGGGUUUUUUGGUUUUUUUUUCUUAUAAUUUUGUACUGGGAGACAUGAGAACUCUUUGUACCAUAACCUACGAAUAUGUUAUGAUUCUUGGAAUGUCAUUUUCAAUUUGCAUUAAUAUCGCCAACUGUUUUUUUGAAGGGGUGGUCCUAAGACUGUGUACCACUAUUCCCUUGUAAAUAAAUAGGCCGAAUGUUUCUAAACAAGAGUAGAAAAUAAUACUUUCAUUAAAAGCACUGUAAUCUCUAUAGUUUAUUGUAAUGUUUGCCGCAGUAUUGUGCUACAGUUUGCCAAGGUUCAGAUGGCAGGUGGACAUCCUAAGAUUUUCCUUCAGAAGCUGCUGUUUUGAUCUAAUUGUUGCAAGGUUUUCGGCCAUGCUAUGAGCUCCAAAACCUGACAAACCAAGCAGGGGAUGCUUUUCAGUAUUCUUCCAGUAGCCGUAAGGAACACACUGGUUACAUUAGAAAUGGUUUCUUGUAAUCUUGAGUCUCUUUUUGGAAAGAACAGUGUUUCUACCUUAUUAAAAUAACACUCCAAGCCUACUAUAGCGGUGCCAGUAGUGCUCUAGUGACCAUCCCAGGUAAGUAGUUAAAUGGUUGGGCUUUACUAGUGCUAUUGAAAGUAGUAACAAAUGCAAACUUUUUUUAACAUUCUAUGCAUAGUGCCAUAAAAAUAGUAAAUACAGUUCAAUCAUAUAUUUCUAAAAUAAAGUAUUUGAACUUGCUAUACAUACCUCCCAAUAUUGGAAAGUAUGUAAUUUGAAAUGGUUUUUUGGCCUCGUAUGCAGUGUCUUCAGUAACGCAACUUGUGUCACUGGUGACACCCAUAAUUGGCAGGUACUAUCUGAGGAAGUUCGCAUGGCAACCCACAUAGGGGGCGUGUCAGCCUGGCAUCAGGCCCACCAGGCUGAACGCUUACACACCAGCCAUCUGCUAAAAUAUUCUCUGCAACGUCAUACAACUUCACUGUUAAAACCUGAUAGUGCUUUAGUGGUAUACUUAAUAUAGAGACUAUAGCUGUAAUAACUUAAUGAUCAGCUGGUUCUGUUGGAUCUUAUGUUACAUCAUGAGUUUAAGCAAAAUAAUGCAAAUGUAAUUAUUUUUGCCUCAUGACAUAAAGGGAAGAAAUGAUUGAACUUUCCACUCCAAAAUUUCUUCUGCCCACUUAUGAUCUCAUCACAAUGAAAAUACUGUUCAAUGGCAUUUAUAACUGAACAGUAACAGUUGCAUGUAUAUACGGUCAUUUCACAAGACAAUAACAAAUUCGGAUCUCUGAACUACUCGCAUCUCCUCCGUGAGUAUAUUUAUCCUCAUAAUACUAUAUUGAUAUUUUAAAGGCGCACUAUAAUGACAGGAAAACAAACUUGUUUUCCUGGCACCAUAGGGUCAUUAGACCCCCCCCUCCGCUGCUGGGCUAAAGGGGUUAAAACCCCUUCAGCCACUUACUCUUCUCCAGCGCCCGGCUCCCUCUGUGCUAGGGGAACCCUCCACCCCCUGCCGAUGUCAGAUCCGGAUGCGCAUGCACGGCAAGAGCCGUACACGCAUUCAAACCACCCAUAGGAAAGCACUACCCAAUGCUUUCCUAUGGACGUCCAGCGUCUUUUCACUGUGAUUUCACUGGAUUAACCCUCAGUGAAACAUAGUUUCUCUGAAACUAUGUUUUCAGCUGCAGGGUUAAAACUAGAGGGACCUGGCACCCAGACCACUUAAUUGAACUGAAGUGGUCUGGGUGCCUAUAGUGGUCCUUUUAAGCAUUAUAUAUAUUGUAGUGAAUCUUAGAUCUAGGCUGGGAUCAACUAUUGGGUCCUCGUGUUUGUUCUGUGGCUUCUCAGUGAAACAUAAUAUUCAUCUGGCCCUAGGCAACUGCCCACAAUAAAUAGCAUGUUGUUGAAGCCCUGCUUUCUGAAAAACAACAUUUAGUCUAAUGAAGUUAAAUGUGUGCAAAGAAAUCUGUUAAAAGAAUAGGAUGGAUAAUUCAGUUAACAAAAUCAUUCAAUUGAGUGUAAAUUGACUUUGACAGGAAGAAGAAUGCAAGUAUUCAAGUUUUAAACCAGUAACCUGGAUACAUUGAUUGCUGGUGGACAGAGCACAACAGAAAUAAUCCGUACUUUUUUGCAAAGCGUAAAAGAACAAUAGUCUGUCUGCAUCCGCUUGAAAAGGAUCACUGGGAUAGGACUGUAUAAAAUUGCUAUAAAAGUCAUAAACAUUAAACUUAAUUAAAGCUAAACUGUCACUUAAAUUGUACAUGUGCAUGAGAUGUAGCACUAUGUAUAACUCUGUCAGUUGUGGAUUGUGAGUUUAAAAAAACCCCCCCAAAAAAACACAUUCGAUUUAAUAUUUUAAUUUGCAAGGAUGCCUGGCUAAUGUAAGUUACAUGAAGUUCAAACACUCGAUGUGCCCCCUGUUUAGAAAAGUUUGAUUUUCCCCAUUCCAAGUCUUAACUACAACAGAAACUGAGAUCCAGGAACUCCCAAGCAGGUGCUUUUGUUAGCUCUCCUGAGUACUGCAGUUGGUAGUAGGGGAGGCAAGGAGUGGUGCCUUGCAUUCCCCAGGUAAAUAAGUGAAACUGUUAUAUAAUGGUCUGACUACUUACAAUGGGGGGCACCAAGACACUCCUAGGACCAUAACCACUGAAGGAAUUCCUGAGCGCGCAUGUGUUUUUAUGGCAUUUCUCUGUAUCUUGAGCAUGCCAGAGGUAUCAUAGAGUGGCAAAGAAAGUGUGGCUGAAGUUUUUUUGUUUUUUGUAAACUCUUUCUACAGAUGCCCUACCCUAUUCAUGUUAAAUUUCCAAAUCCCAUCACAAAUGCAAUUAUUAAAAUGAAUGCGCACAAUGCUAACAAACUGCAUCAAACAAUAAUGUGCCAAACAGUUUGCAGGUAGGUAUUCAGAGGGCACCUUAUUUACCUUAUUUCCUCCUUACUUUCUUCUUCGCUUGUGGCUUCUUCUCUGUUUUUGCUUUCUUCCUCAUAAUGUAUGCCUUCGAGUGGGCGAUUUAAAAAUUAUAGUAGCUAUAAAUGAUCUAUCCACACCAUAUCUUAUAUGAGGCUGCUAUCUAUAUGUCAACCAUAAUUAUUUUAUUAAAGGACCACUAUCGAGAAUGCUUUCCUAUGAGACUGGCUGAAUGCGCGCGGCUCGUGCUGAGCAUGCGCAUUCAGCCGAUGAUGAGGAGGAGAGUCUCCCGCCCAGCGCUGGAAAAAAAAGGUAAAUUUAACCCCUUCCACCCCCUAGAGCCUGGCACCCUCAGGGCACUAUAGUGCCAGGAAAACGAGUAUGUUUUCCUGGCACUAUAGUGGUCCUUUAACCCCUUAACGACGAGUUGUCCGUCACUCAGGGAAAUGCCAUACGAUGAGUGACGGACCUCCUCCUUGACCCGUUAAAAUGAACCCCGGAUCGCCGCUAUCAUGGUGAUCGCGGGGUUAAUGGUGCUCCGGUCUGCCUCUGUAUUAGAGGCAGACCGGGAGCACCCGAUAGUGCUGCCCAGCACAUGUGCUCGCUGUGACAGCAUGUCAGAGCGAGCACAUGUGCUUAGUAUACUUGCCUUCCACCUCCCUGCACUUCCUGGUUCUGUGUGAAGUGCAGGGAGACAGAUCAGUGAUGAUCCUGCCCCCUGUUAAAAAAUAAAUAAAUACAUUUUAUUUAAAAUCCCACCCCCCUUUACUCAUUUUAAUAAAAAAUGAACCCCUUCCCUGCCAAUUGAUCACUGACUACACUGAUCAAUUGGCAGGGAUUACAUUUUACGGUCAUCUGAUUUUUAUUUUUUUAACCCCUGAGGGUUAAUUUUUAUUUUAUUUUUAACCCUCAGGGGUUAAAUUUAUUUAAUUAAAUUAAAUAUUUUAAAAUUAUAUGUUUAGCUAGCUGGAGUGGGUGGAAGUUAAUGGGGAAUUGUGGGAUUUACCCAGUCCAAAUAAAAAUUAACCCCUUCCCUGCCAGUCGAUUACUGCCUACAGUGAUCAAAAUACAGAUCACAGUAUUAUACUGUGAUCUAAUUUUUUUUAACCCCUGAAGAUUAACUUUUAUUUUUUAACCCUCAGGGGUUCAAUUUUUUUAAUUAAUUUAAAUAUUUUAUAAUUAUAUAUUUUGCUAGCUGGGGUGGGUGGGAGUUAUGGGAAAAUGGGGAAUUUACUGUUAGUGCUGCUUACUGCUAGUUAGGGGUUAACGGUAAAAAAAAAAAAAGCUUAGAAAAAUGUUAAAUCUGUAAAAAAAAGUUUUAAGAAAGUUUACAAAAGUUUAAAAAAAAUGAAUAAGCAAAACAAAAGUUUAAAAACUAGUUUUUAAAAGUAAAAAAAUACAUUAAAAAAACGCUCAUUACCACUACACCUGGAACGAACUAGAGGAAAAAUUAUCCCACGCUAAGGUUCAAAAUAUGCCUUUUGAAUUACCCCAGGGUGUAUUCUUUAAUCAAUAGUAUGUGUUUGUGGGGAAGUUUCAAUAACCAACCGUCUAAACUACUCUAAAUUGGAACAUGGACACACAGCGUAAAACUUCAAAGUUAGAAAAAACUGGCUGCUUCUCAAAUGCGACCCUUGCAAAGGUACAUAUGGUGGUAUUUCUGUACUCAGACGACAUAGCUGAGCAACAUAUGAAGUAUUAUACAGUCGUAGCACACAUAAGGUUUGCAAAAUAUACUGUGCAAACUCACUGUGUGUCAAAAAGGCAGAAAAAACACUUACCACUACACUUGGUACAAGCUAGCGGAAAAAUGAUCCCACGCUAAGGUUCAAAAUAUGCCUUUUGAAAUACCCUGGGAUGUCUUUAAGAAAUGGUAUGGCUUUAUGGGUAUUUGGAUUAUGCAGCCUGGUAAAAUACUCUAAAAUGGGACAUAGGCACAGCGUAAAAAUUCUAAGUUUGAAAAAAACUGGAAUGGCUGUGUCCCAAAUGUGCCCCUCCGAUGUCCACAUAUACCUGGCAAAGGUACAUACGGGGGUAUUGCUGUACUCAGCCGACAUAGCUGAGCAACAUAUCUAGUAUUAUACACUGGUAGCACUCAUAAGGUUUGCGAAAUAUACUGUGCAAACUCACUUUGUGUGUCAAAAAGGCAGAAAAAAACACUUAUAACCACUACACUUGGUGCAAGCUAGAGGAAAAAUGAUCCCACGCUAAGGUUCAAAAUAUACCUUUUGAAAUACCCUGGGGUGUCUACUUUAAGAAAUGGUAGGCCUUUGUGAGGUAGUUUGAAUUUAAACCCUGCUAAGAUGCUUGGAAAUUGCACAUAGGACCAGCGUCAAAAUUCAAAUUUCGGUAAAAACUGAUAUGGCUUGGUCUCCUAUAUGGCACUGUAGCUUCACGAAAUAGUGCCAAAUACAUACAAUGGGGGUGUCAUUUUACUCACAAGACUUAGCUGAGCAUAAUUUGGGGGGUUUGAACUUAGUGGUACAUGUGAAAUAUACAAAAUGCCCAGCAAAAAUGCAAUCCAUGUGUAAAAAAACGCACAAUUAUUUUUUACCACAUUCUUUGGCAUAUAUUGGUGAAGAAAUGGGGGACUGUUAAGGCACAAUAUACACCUUAUGAGAUACCCUGGAGUGUCUACUUUUACAAAUGAUAGGCCAUUGUGGGCUUUUUUGAACAGUCAAACUGUUAUAAUACCCCAAAUGGAAGCAUAGGCUCAUUAAAUCAGUCUCUCAAAAUUGUACUGUGAAUACUGAAAAGAACAGGCCUCCUAUAUGGUACUGUAACUUCACGAAAUAGUGCCAAAGACAUACAAUGGGGGGGGGUCAUUUUACUUAGCAGAUGUAACUGAACACAAAAAAAAACCUUUGUACAUGAAUAGCACACACCAACUUUACAAAAUACACAUGAGAAUUUCUUUGUUAUAAGUUUGUGUGCCAAAAACCAAAAAAAACACAAUUUUACUCCAAUAUUUAGCAGAGGUUGGCGGUGAAAUGGCUACGUAGAAAGUGUCAAAACAACCCUAGGUAAAUAGCCUGUGAUGUCUUCUUUGUAAAAAUAUAUACUUUUGUGUGGCAAUUUUGUUUUCUUUUAUGGCUAUUAAGCUUACAAGACAAACAUACCAAAUUCUAAAAUCGCUCCACAUUAAAAGUUUUUUACUCCUUGUGCUUUGUGACCUGUAACUACCAAAAAAAACUUAAAAUCCCAGACACCUUAUAUAUUCUGUAAAUCAGAACUAAAUGAAUUUAUUUUUAAUUACUUUACUUAACCUGCACUAAUUAUGCACACAUUAUUAUUGCAAAAACUGUAAAAAAAAAUUAAAUAAAAAAAAUUCAAUUUUUUUGCAUUUUUCUGUAUUUUUUUUAGAGUAAAUAAGUAUAUAUAUAUAUAUAUAUAUAUAUAUAUAUAUGUAUAUAUAUAUGUAUAUAUAUAUAUAUGUAUAUAUAUAUGUAUAUAUAUGUAUAUAUAUAUAUAUAUGUGUUACAUCAAAUUAAAGACCUUUCUGUCCUUUAAAAAAACGAUAUAUAAUAUGUCUCGGUGCAAUAAAUUAGUAAAAUGCAAAUUGCAGUUGAACGCAAAAAGCAAAAAAUUAAAAAAAUGCUGUUAUUAAGUGAAAGACAAGCUUCUGAAGCUCUGUCCUUAAGGGGUUAACUUAUAUUUGGUUUCUUCUUUACUAUUUACAAAAGUUUAUACUGUAUGCACAUAUUACUAUGCUACUUCUUAUUGUGCAUUUUCAUAACCACUUAUUCUAUGUUUGUUCAAAAAUGUAAAUACAUUUUUUAUUGGUUAAAAAAAGAAAGAAAAAAAAGUAACAUGCACAAUAAUAAAAUAUACACAUAGUUACACACAGUCAGGGCCAGACUGGGAAAAAAAAUUCGGCCCGGGCAUUUUUAACCCCUUAAGGACCAAACUUCUGGAAUAAAAGGGAAUCAUGACAUGUCACACAUGUCAUGUGUCCUUAAGGGGUUAAUCACAGCGACCCACUAAGAAGGGGGCUGGGCAGAGAGGGUGUGUUAUGUCAUCCCCAAUGACAAACACUCUCAAAGUAAGCAUGUUGGUUCAAUGCACUGUGUGGCAGUGUAGUGUGUGUGUCUAUAUGUUCCAGCGUUCACUCUCGCGAGAUUGGGGGCAUUGCCAUGGCAACGUUCUGGAUCUCCCGAGAGGAACCCGGCAGAGCUGCACGAUAGAGCUCUGCCAGGUCCUCUCUCCCUCCGUCCCCAGCCACUGGCCGCUUGUUAGUGAUAGUGGGCCGGUGAGGGAGAUCUUUGAUCUCCCCACUGGCCUGUCAUGGAAUGCAGCAGGGCUGGCACUCGGAUAGAGCGGGCCCUGCAUGGACCAGCAGGGGAGAUCCUUUGAGAUCCUGCAUUUGCCCGGUGUGCCAGAUGGUCAGUCCGGGCCUGUACACAGUAUCACAUUGUGUUAAAGUCCAAAUGUAUAUAAAGUGCAGAAAAAUAUUCACUUUCACUUUCUUUACCAUUUGCACUGUUGAAAUAACUCUUAGAAUUGCAACCCAGUAUCUAUAUAUAGUAUCAUUUGAUGUGAUACACUAAGUGAAGGGAAUUAUUUUGUUACUUUAUGUGCAUUUGCACUUUAACACAUUGUAAUACUGUAUGUUAGCAAGUGUAUAUUUAUCAUGGCUUGAUACUGUGUUAGCACUUGAUUACAUUGCAGGUUAAGACAACCACUAGAGUUCAACUCAGUGAAAUGACAUUGGACAUCCUCACACUUUGCAUGAGCAUGUCCAUCUUAUUUAAAAUCCCCAGAGGAAAGCAUUUAUUAAAUGCUUUCCAGUGGGGAAGGUCUUAUGUGCAUGGGCUAGUUUCACCUCUGGCACACAUGACUUAGGUAGCCCAGGACUCUGUUCCGGCCUUACUAAUAUCAACUCUGUGCAUAUUUUAUGUCUGCACUGCACGCUGGUAACAGAUGUAAUUUGAAUCUUCCUUUGAAUGCCCUGCAUGCGCGUUAGGCAUUCGCUAUAGGAUAGCAUUGGCCAAGCGCUUUCCUUUGAGGUUUUUCAACACGCUGGACAUCCAGCGUCAUUUCACAGAGUCAAACUCUGAAACUGCAGGAAUCGCCUCUUAGCAGCUUUCUGUUAGCAGUCACUAGAGGCAGUCUUACAACUGCAAUGUAAACUUAAAUCUAAAUCAAUGAGAUGAAGUGGUCUAGGUGCCUAUAGUGUCCUUUUAAAUUGGUCAUGGUGCUUGGAGUUUGUAUGUACAGAUUUCAAUAUGUAACUCUGACAGCAAUAUAAAAUAUCACAAUAUGUGUGGAGGAGAACCUCCACCUCUGAUAGCUUCAUUAGUAAACCAUUAGCAAGCCUGGAACAAGAGUUCCAGACUGGUUAAUGCCAAUUCUGUGCAUAUCUUUUGCACAGAGGGUCAUUCAGUGGCUGAAAGCACUCAGUUGACACUUCACGCCCAUAAAUGCCUAGUGGAUUGCUAUCUGCCUUCUUCAUAUCAGUUAAGCAUCACCCAGCAUUAGAGAAGAACAGUAUUGAUGUUCAAGCAAAGACAAGAAUAUGUAUUCUAUAAUAAUGUUUUAGUUAAAUAAAACAAUUUCAUUUGUUCUCCGAAAAUCAGUGGUUAAACUAUUACGCUGGAGACAGCCCACUUUGCAAUCAUUUCAUUAUUUUAUAUAUAUUUCUAAUGGUAUAUAACAAAAUAUGUUCUGAUAUCAAAAAGUUUAUUGUACAUAUCAAAUCUUCAUCUGGUUAAAAAAUAUUAAAUAUAAUAACCAGCAAGAAGGGGUCUUUUUAUGGUUCAAAAUCACAAUUUAAAUCAAGCCAAACUGGCAAGUGAUUUAAAUAGAUAUUAUUUCAAUCAAAUCCACCCUGUCUCUGCAUAAUUUGGAUUUACCCCAAGCAUCUACAGGGAGUGCAGAAUUAUUAGGCAAAUUAGUAUUUUGACCACAUCAUCCUCUUUAUGCAUGCUGUCUUACUCCAAGCUGUAUAGGCUCGAAAGCCUACUACCAAUUAAGCAUAUUAGGUGAUGUGCAUCUCUGUAAUGAGAAGGGGUGUGGUCUAAUGACAUCAACACCCUAUAUCAGGUGUGCAUAAUUAUUAGGCAACUUCCUUUCCUUUGGCAAAAUGGGUCAAAAGAAGGACUUGACAGGCUCAGAAAAGUCAAAAAUAGUGAGAUAUCUUGCAGAGGGAUGCAGCACUCUUAAAAUUGCAAAGCUUCUGAAGCGUGAUCAUCGAACAAUCAAGCGUUUCAUUCAAAAUAGUCAACAGGGUCGCAAGAAGCGUGUGGAAAAACCAAGGCGCAAAAUAACUGCCCAUGAACUGAGAAAAGUCAAGCGUGCAGCUGCCACGAUGCCACUUGCCACCAGUUUGGCCAUAUUUCAGAGCUGCAACAUCACUGGAGUGCCCAAAAGCACAAGGUGUGCAAUACUCAGAGACAUGGCCAAGGUAAGAAAGGCUGAAAGACGACCACCACUGAACAAGACACACAAGCUGAAACGUCAAGACUGGGCCAAGAAAUAUCUCAAGACUGAUUUUUCUAAGGUUUUAUGGACUGAUGAAAUGAGAGUGAGUCUUGAUGGGCCAGAUGGAUGGGCCCGUGGCUGGAUUGGUAAAGGGCAGAGAGCUCCAGUCCGACUCAGACGCCAGCAAGGUGGAGGUGGCGUACUGGUUUGGGCUGGUAUAAUCAAAGAUGAGCUUGUGGGGCCUUUUCGGGUUGAGGAUGGAGUCAAGCUCAACUCCCAGUCCUACUGCCAGUUCCUGGAAGACACCUUCUUCAAGCAGUGGUACAGGAAGAAGUCUGCAUCCUUCAAGAAAAACAUGAUUUUCAUGCAGGACAAUGCUCCAUCACACGCGUCCAAGUACUCCACAGCGUGGCUGGCAAGAAAGGGUAUAAAAGAAGAAAAUCUAAUGACAUGGUCUCCUUGUUCACCUGAUCUGAACCCCAUUGAGAACCUGUGGUCCAUCAUCAAAUGUGAGAUUUACAAAGAGGGAAAACAGUACACCUCUCUGAACAGUGUCUGGGAGGCUGUGGUUGCUGCUGCACGCAAUGUUGAUGGUGAACAGAUCAAAACACUGACAGAAUCCAUGGAUGGCAGGCUUUUGAGUGUCCUUGCAAAGAAAGGUGGCUAUAUUGGUCACUGAUUUGUUUUUGUUUUGUUUUUGAAUGUCAGAAAUGUAUAUUUGUGAAUGUUGAGAUGUUAUAUUGGUUUCACUGGUAAUAAUAAAUAAUUGAAAUGGGUAUAUAUUUUUUUUUGUUAAGUUGCCUAAUAAUUAUGCACAGUAAUAGUCACCUGCACACACAGAUAUCCCCCUAACAUAGCUAAAACUAAAACAAACUAAAAACUACUUCCAAAAAUAUUCAGCUUUGAUAUUAAUGAGUUUUUUGGGUUCAUUGAGAACAUGGUUGUUGUUCAAUAAUAAAAUUAAUCCUCAAAAAUACAACUUGCCUAAUAAUUCUGCACUCCCUGUAGAAAACCAUAAAAUUGCACUUUAAUGAUGGUGAGAUUUUUUUUAUUUUUUUAUUGCAUGUUCCCAAAGGCAUGCUUUCUACAGGAAACUAUUCCUUACUACAGUAUCUUCUUCUGAUUUUAAUAUGCAUGUCAAUUCUUCCCAGAAAUGAACGUGAGUCACUUUUCAAUUGCUGUGAUAGGGUGUGUGCAUUGAUAGCAGACGGGACCUUGCAGUCUGUGUUUACUGAUGAUUUAGAUGCAUACAGUUUGCUUUUAGAGCAGUGUUUUCCAUGGAAAGACUUGGUUGGGCAUUGACACUAACCGCCCUGGUUCCAAAUUAUAGUUAAUGGUGUAUAGCACCUUGGACACUUAUGGAAGUUCAUACCCAUAUUUAUACAUCAGUGGUCUGAAAGGGUUUAAGGCCUCUAGUUUUUCCAUAAUAUAUGAUGUAUACAUGCUGAAUGAUCUAAUACACAGUUUGCCAGUGUUUACUUGGACAGGUUUGAUAGCUGCUGUUGUGUAGACUAUUUUAAUGACUGAUUUUCCCAGUGUCUGGCUUAUUUAUUCUCAUGCGGAACUGUUAAAUGGAAGAAUAGCCUUGGCACUUUCAUAAUGGUUCUUUUCUUGGAACUUUACAGCAGAGCUCAGGCAACCCAUUUAUUAUAUUCAAGCAAGCAGGAAAACCAGAUUCUCAACUGUGAAGUCUAGAUGGUUCCUACUUUGUUACUUCUUUUUGGAAAAUGUGUUAUGUUUAUAGCUGUGUUUGCACAUAUAUUUGUUAACAGUUAUGUUGAACACACAGCUUGUCUAAGCUUGGAUAUUUAAUCUGGUUUAAAGAAGAUAAAAAUAUAAUUUAGAGGGCUCUCAUGUUCAUUGCUGUUACCUAUGCAUGACAUCCAGGACUUGAUUGGCUACUGGAUAUGCUUUCCUGCUCUGUUGGGUUGUGAUAAGAUAUGCGCGACUCCUGUCUAUUGGAAAUCAGAAUUAUGUAUUUAUUUAUAUUACAAUGGUUGUGAUGUACAUUUUUUUUUUAAAUGUAUAAUAAAGUUUUUUUUGCUUGGUUUUUUUCACUUGCAAUACUUUCAACAAUAAUUGGUCUACUGCAUGUAUCCACUCUUUCAUCCUCCCUCCAAGUAGGCUUAGUUUCUAUUUUUGCUGCUAUAGAUCUAAGUAACAUCCCAUAAAUAUGCACUAUGUAUGUUGCUAAGUGGCCAGUAGGGACUGUAUCAUGUCUUUUUAUUAAACUACAAUUGCAACAUUGGUAUAAAGUGUGUGUAUGGUGCUGUGUGUUAGCAGCAGGACAGGCACUAACAUAUUAUCACAGAAAAUAAUAGCUGCUUUUGGACAAGCAGCUAUCCUUCUAUAAUGAUAACUCAUUUGCCUAAAGAUUGGCUGUUUGGGACUUGUCAAUGCACUGGUUAUUUAGUUCUAAAAAAAUGUAUAUGUGCACUGCUGAAAUCCCAUCAGUAGCAGAGACUGAACUGCUGGUUUAGAGAUAAAUUAUAUUAAAUGAAUGGCUUAAAUGGCAUUUUAUAUUUAUACACAACCUUAAAGAUACUUUGACUGUUAAUCAAUGACUAUUAUACCUAACAGUUGGGACUGUAAUCAUAUCAAGAUGAAGUGAAUGACACUGACAAUUAAGUUAUUCAUAGCAGUCCCUGAAUAUAGAAUAAGCUUCCUUGUUUCUGUUUUGUUCUCCACACUGAGAAAUGGGAGCACAUGAGUUCCCUUGUCAACGUUUCUUAUCUUAUUAUCAUGGCUGAUAUUAGCCCAGUGAGACUGACGUCUUCGCAUUCCAUUAACAAAUGCAGGAAAAGAGAUAAGUAUGUACAAGCAUAUGUGAUUCUCAUAGCCUGCUUUACUGGCUGUAUUACCUUGAAAGAACUAUGUAACAGAGCACCUGGGACAUAUUGGGGACAGAAUGUAACUUUGAAACAUGGUGUUUGGUGAAACUGUUUUACAUUUUUAAAUUUGUAACCUUCAUUGUACAUAUAAACAAGAACUUGGCAAAUGCUUAUAUAAUUGAGGAGCCAGUGGCAAAAUUUAAUGCACCAGGCAAACUUUGUAUAGCACACAAACUUAACAAUGCACUCACACACCUCUCCUUAGUUAGUUAGCCAUGCACUCACUCUCCUCUUCCUGGUUAGUUAGCCAUGCACUCACUCUCCUCUUCCUGGUUAGUUAGCCAUGCACUCACUCUCCUCUUCCUGGUUAGUUAGCCAUGCACUCACUCUCCUCUUCCUGGUUAGUUAGCCGUGCACUCACUCUCCUCUUCCUGGUUAGCUAGCCGUGCACUCACUCUCCUCUUCCUGGUUAGCUAGCCGUGCACUCACUCUCCUCUUCCUGGUUAGCUAACCGUGCACUCACUCUCCUCUUCCUGGUUAGCUAACCGUGCACUCACUCUCCUCUUCCUGGUUAGCUAACCGUGCACUCACUCUCCUCUUCCUGGUUAGCUAACCGUGCACUCACACACACACACAACUCUCUCUAUUUUGCAUUCCCUAGUACUACAUUUAGGCAGUUAAUCAUGAUGCAGUGCACAUAUGUCAGGGGAGUAGGGAAUGCUGUCUCUGCUACACCAUAAUGUAGAGACAUUAUACUUCUCUACUAGGUAAAUAGGCUACUUAUCUCCUAUUUCCUCUCUUAAUUGAUUGAAAGACAAAACAAAGUAGCACAAAGUCUCAUGUUUGUGUUACCAUGAGAACCUGGUGCCCUUGAUUUAUCUGGCCCUGGUAUAGACACACAUUUUGUUGCAAUUACAUUUUAGUGCAGGCAUUGUUUUUGCCACAGCCCCAAACUGUGGUAACUAAUGUGGCUGUAGAUGCCAAGUGGGUAGGCGGCCAGCAGAACGAAUACUAUUGAACUAUAAAUGGUGAUAAUUAUAAUAAUAACUACAAUAAACAUGCAUCUUUUAACUCUUGUUUUGGGCUCAGAUCAAUAGAGCGUUGAUCAUAUCUUGCACAAAUCACGUAACCUAUUAUUGGGGGAUGUAAAACCUCUCCCUCUCCAACAGAAUGAAUGAUCUUUAUGUUCAAAGGGUCAUUGCUUACAGCAGGUUUUCAGGUUUCAAGCUCUAUUCAGAUGCCAUUAUAGCAGGUAGGCACACAUGAAAUUCUAUUCACCUACAGAGAGAUCUAUAUCUUCAGACUAAGUACAGUUAGGGCAUUAUACCAUUAAGACACUUGAGUUAUGAGAGACGGUUAAGUUUGAAAUAAUAUUUUUAACAAUUUUUUAUUUGAGCAUAUGAAAGUAACUUUUACGAUAUUCACUGUGUAUAUAUGUGUGUGUUUACAUGCAAAUAAUUAAGUUGUUUGUUUUUCUCUCACAGUUGUAAUUAAAGGAACUAUAUAACAUUAGGAAUACAAACCUGUUUUCCUAAUGCUGUAGUGCCCUGUAACUACCUCUACACAGCCUCUCACCCCCCCCCCAGCCAGGUUGUCAUAAAAUAAAGGAUCUACUUACCAUUGGCACUGCCUACCUCUCCGCUUCAAACCAUGUCCUCAAGGAGGCAUGGUCCGAUCCAGUGCCCAUCAUAGCGGAGCGUUGGGGACCUAAUGCACAUAUGCAGCGAUCAUAUAUUCAAGCUUUCCCAUGGGGAAGCAUUGAAUCAAUGUUUUCCAAUGUGGGAUUCCAUGUGACAUGAUAGAGUUUGAUGAUCGAAGGAAGCAACUCUACAGACUGUCAUACUGACAGCCACUAAAAGUGGACUUACUUUUGCAAUGGGAUAAACGACCUGGCCAGUGCACCCAGACUUCAUUGAGAUGAAGCUGUCUGGGUUACUAUAGUGUCUCUUUCAGUCAAUUGUCAUAUACAAUACACCAUGUAACCAUGAGGUAAAGUUUAAAAAAGUAAAACUGCCUUUGACCGCAAUAAUGGAUGCAAAUAUGUUCACAAAAUGUCUGCUAGCCUGUGGCAUGCAGGGAGUUAUGGAAGUUGUUAUUCAAAAUCAUUUUGGGUCACAGUGUAACAUGGUAUUUUUUUUGUUUUUGUUUCCAGCAGUAUCCCAGUGUGUUACAUUUUAAAUAAUAAUUCAUAUUUCUCUAAUGUGACAUAUGAUGUGGCAUAGGGCUAAAUUUAUUGUCCAUCGUCCCCUUGAAAUGUUACAACGUUGCUUUGUAAUUCUUGCUCAGAAGAGUCAGGUAUUACAAAAUUGGAAAUGAGGCCACGUGGGGUACUUUACAUGUGCAAGAACCAGCCUGACCAGGUAAAAGAGGGAGGAGGUGUCCUUCCCAAUAAUCCACGAGCUGCGCCCUAAGCACACAUUAGCUAGUGGAGUGCAAAAAUGUAAACAUUUUUUUUUUCUUCUUCUUUUUUCACAUUUUAGCCACUCGUUGAGGUGAAGUGAUUCAUUAGCAAUCCAUGUUUGGUAUGGCACUUGAAGAAAAUCUAAUAUUUCUUUCCUGUAAUGUUUUAAUAAUUCAGACAUUCGGGAUUGUACAACAUUUACAAAAAUUUUUGUUGAAAUAAAAUAUAACACACAAGUACUAGGGGACUACAAUUCACUCUUUCAAAUUAUUCUUUUUUUUCUUUUUUUUGUGUUUUUAAAGAGCCCUCUCACAUGUGCAGCCAUAAGUAGUUGCAUUCAUAAAACAACAAGAUUGAAAGUAUCAUCAAUGGCUGAAUAAAUAUUUCAUAAACCCUUGCACACAGCAGACAGUUAUCGGAUACCUACAGCAGUCUCCCUAAAAGCAUUAAGGACCAGGAAUGACUGAAACAUCUUCCCUGUCUCUUCAGAUCAUGGAAUUUUGCAGUAUAUGAAGGGGUUUUAGAGUGGAAUAUUUUGUGUGCAUGCUCAAUAAAUUAUGUUCAGAAUGCAUUGGGGAUAUUUAAACCAACAGUUACUAGCCUCAGCUAGUAUAUAGACUACAUAAAGAUAUAUAUAUUAAUCCGAGGUAUCUUUUCUCAGCCAUAUAUCUUCUGCAGCGUAUUAGCCUUUGGGUAGAAUGCAAAUGUUCUAAAUAUAAUGUUGUUUACCCAUCUUAAUUUUGAAAGUGUGAUCAGUAUAACUUACAGUUGUUAGGAAAAUAUAAUAGUCCAACUAGCUAAUUUUCUUUCAAAAGGCUUCAGGCUCUAAACGUUAGUUAUGUAUGUUGAUGUGGCAAAGAUUUAAAAAUUGUUAAAACUAAAAACACAUCCAUACAAAUUGGUAAACUACUUUAAAGGGAGCUAUAGUUAUUGUUCUGGUGCAAAUGCUGGCAUUUUGUUGUAAAUACUGUUUUUUUCAGAGAAAAGACAGUGUUUACAUUACAGCCUAGGAACACCUCUUGUGACCACUCCUCAGAUGGCCACUAGAAGUGCUUCCACAGUGUGCAGCACUGAUGUUCAGUCAUGAAGAACUGAACUUUUCCCAUAGAGAUGCAUUGAUUCAGUGCAUCUCUGAGGAGAUGCUGAUUGGCCAGAGUGGUGCUUGGCUCUGCCCCCUACCCCGUUUCCUUGCCUGACAUAAUCAAAAUUGACCAUCUCAGCCAAUCCAGUCCAUUCUAAUUAUGUCAGCCAAGGAGGCCGAUCGGGGGCAGAGCCAGCACCAGCAGGCUCAUGGGCCGCUGGAAAUAUUGGUAGUUUUUACUAUAUUUAAUAGUGUAUGAGGGGGCAGGGUGCUAAAUUGUGUUUUUAACAGUAUAGGGUCAAGAACACAUGUUUGUGUUCCUUUAAUUAAAUUGGCAACUGAUCAGGGAAUUAAGUUUUAGGCCAAAGAGCUGAGAUCGUUUAACUAUACCCCUGGUUAGUUCCUGUGGGAGAUAACUAGGCUUCUUUCCACAGAAAACUAUCCACAUACUAAAGCAACAUAACCCUUACACUUAUUCUCUAUUUAGAUGUCUAGUAUUCUUUCUGAAGUUAAGAUUAGCAUGACUGAACUCCCACCCUCUCCUAAAUCUGAUCUGUUAUUUGAAAAUAUAAAAGUUUAAGUUCAAUAGAUCCUUAUUAUUAUUAUUAUUAUUAUUAUUACUAUUAUCGCCAUUUAUAUAGCGCCAACAGAUUCCGUAGCGUUUUACAAUAUUAUGAGAGGGGGAAUUUAACUAUAAAUAGGACAAUUACAAGAAAACCUACAGGAACAAUAUUUUGAAGAGAACCCUGCUCAAACGAGCUUACAGUCUAUAGGAGGUGGGGUAUAAAACACAUUAGGACAGCCUUAGGGUGGAAUUCUGUAUCAGUUCUAAGCCUUGUGUUUAAACUAUAUUUGCUUCAUCUUGCUGUGUUCAUGGUUUUUCCAAUGCUGGGUUUUAAUGCUUGCUUUAUAGUAUAAUAUGAUCUGAUCCCAUAUAUCAUUGCCUUUCAGCAUCCCUUCCAUUCAUUAUUAUGACCCUGGUGAACUCUCCAUACAAGAGGGGAUUCUACUGCGAUGAUGAGUCUAUUAGAUACCCAUAUCGGGAGGAUACUAUUACUCAUGGGCUGAUGGCUGGAGUCACCAUUUCUUGCACUGUUAUAAUAGUAAGUAUUCGAACACUGACCGAGAUUUGAUUUUUGACUGUUUAUAGAAGAAAGGUAAAGUCACAAAGGAAUAGCAAAGUGACUGGAUGAAUCUGGAAGCUCAUCUGUACACACGAUGCAUUAUAACGGGUACUUAUGUUAAGUGAAAAGAGAUAUUAGGUUAAACUUGAUCUCUUCUUUCAUUCUCCCUGCUUGUGGAUGCUCCUCUGUGAUGCCGACACACUGGCUUUGUUGCCAGUCACUCUGUUUCUAUACUCCCUAGCCAGUGAUAGCUUCUAGGAGGCUACCAAGGCCAAUCACAGUGCAUGUGCUGUGGUUGCUACAUGUGGAGAGCAGAAGAACUACAAGAGACUCUCCAUUCUAAAGUGAAACUACCUUUCUCAAGCCAGUUUAGUAAAAAGGCAGUCACUGAUUGGCUGAGAACGGUCAGCUGACAAUGUCAGCCAAACAGCAACUUCCCUGGCUGGCGGCACUCCGAGCUUGCUGAAUUGGAAAAUUCGGAAGUCUGAUGCCAUUUGCAUGGGAAUGGACAUCUGCACUGGAGUGAACUUUGGGGUUUAACAGUUCAAGAACGUUUUAACUCCUUGAGUUAAGAGUGCCUACAGGGGCCUCCUGGUACCAUAACUUCAUUUAGAUUAAGUUGUUGUGGUCCCUGGAGUUUUCCUUUAAACAUAAUUGUAUGCCCUUUCAAUGGUGUUCGGAUGAGUUUUUACUUGCCUGAACCUGUCAAUUGUGGCCACUGCCAUAGCUUUACUGAUGGUCCUUUUCAGAUCCUGUCUUGACAAAGCCUUACAGUGGUAGCUUUGCAUGUUUGUCAAGUAUAGGAAGAUAACACAAGACAAUGUAGUCCCUACUCUGUUUUAUGAUCUCUUUUGACUGGGUUGGAAUUUCAGAGAAAGAUUUAAUCUUUAUUUUUUGCAGAGGUGGAUUACAGAGCUGCUUUAAUGUUCACUGAUUUAGAACAUUUAAAAAGCAAUUUUAUAUGUUAGGUGUUUGAUAUGAAAGACACAUGAUGUUUCAUAUCAAAUUGUCUAAUAUUUGUUCUCUUUUUAUUUUGUUUGUAACUUAUAGAAAUAUAGAAACAUAGAAUGGGACGGCAGAUAAGAACCAUUCGGCCCAUCUAGUCUGCCAAAUUUUCUAAAUACUUUAAUUAGUCGUGUUCUUAUAGCCUUAUGCCUAUCCCACACAUGCUUAAACUCCUUCACUUCUACCACUAAAGCUGGAAGGCUAUUCCAUGCAUCCACUACCCUCUCAGUAAAGUAAUACUUCCUGAUAUUAUUUUUAAACCUUUUCCCCUCUAAUUUAAGACUGUCCUCUUGUUGUGGUAGUUUUUCUUCUUUUAAAUAUAGUCACAUCCUUUACUGUGUUGAUUCCCUUUUAAGUAUUUAAAUGUUUCUAUCAUAGCCCCCCUGUUUCGUCUUUCCUCCAAGCUAUACAUGUUAAGAUCCUUUAACUUUUCCUUGUAAGUUUUAUCCUGUAGUCUAUGAACCAGUUUAGUAGCCCUUCUCUGAACUCUCUCCAAAGUAUCCCUCUGGCGAUACGGUCUCCAGUACUGCGUACAAUACACCAAGUGAGGUCUCACCAGUGUUCUGUACAAAGGCAAGUGCACUUCGCUCUUUCUACUGCUAAUACCUCUCUCUAUACAACCAAGCAUUCUGCUAGUAUUUCCUGCUGCUUAUAUUACAUUGUCUGUCUACCUUUAAGUCAUCUGAAAUUAUUACCCCUCAAUCCCUUUCCUCAGAUGUUGAGAUUAGAUCUCUAUCAAAUAUUUUGUACUCUGCCUUUGUGUUUUUAUGUCCAAGGUGCAUUAUCUUGCACUUAUCCAUAUUAAAUGUCAGUUUCCACAGCUCUGACCAUUUUUCUAGUUUACCUAAAUCAUUUGCUAUUUGGCUUAUCCCUCCUGGAACAUCAACCCUGUUACAUAUCUUAGUAUCCUCAACAAAAAUACAUACCUUACCAUCAAGACCUUCUACAAUAUCACUAAAAAAAAAAUUAAAGAGAAUGGGUCCAAGUACAGAUCCCUGAGGUACUCCACUGGUAACCUGACCAUGCUUUGAAUAUACUCCAUUGACUACAACCCUCUGUUGCCUAUCACUCAGCCACUGCCUUACCCAUUCAACAGUAUUGGAAUGCAGACUUAAAGAUUGCAGUUUAUUGAUAAGCCUUCUAUGUGCAACAGUGUCCAAAGCCUUACUGAAAUCUAGGUGCACCACCCUGAUCUAUUAUUUUAGUUACUGAAUAAAAAAAAAAUCAAUAAGAUUAGUUUGGCAUGAUCUCCCUGAAGUAAACCCAUGUUGUCUCUAAUCUUGAAAUCCAUGUGAUUUUUAGAUGUUCAACUUCUUUUUGUAAUUUUUUUCAUUUUAUUUUUAUUUGAAAUGUAUGGAUUGUGAAAAUAUGUAGCCUUGUGUUAUUAAGCUCUGCUUUUGUAGAAUAAAAUUUCUGUAGUAAAAAAAGCAUUUUUUUUUCCUAACCAUUUUUCUAAAUUGGUUAAAACUUGUUUUUUUUGUUUGUUUUUUAGAAAGAAAAAUUGGGGGAGGGCGUAAAUAAAUCAUAUUAUUAGAAUCCAUGCAGUUUAAGAUAUAAGCUGGGCAUGUGUCUUUUUCUGUUUGUUUUUUGCAGAUCACUUCUGGAGAAAUGUACAUGGUAUUUUCCAAGAGACUAUACUCCCGCUCUGAGUGUAAUAACUAUGUUGCUGCACUCUACAAGGUUGUUGGCACCUUUCUUUUUGGAGCCUCCGUAAGCCAAUCUCUCACUGAUCUUGCCAAGUACAUGGUUGGUCGGCCAAGGCCCAACUUCCUGGCGGUCUGUAACCCAGAAUGGACUUCUGUCAACUGCUCUGGAUAUGUGACUGACUUUGUCUGCCGUGGAAGCCCUGCCAACGUUACAGAGUCUAGGUGAGGAUUGUGUCCAGGAAGUUAAGGAGUCCAGUUUAUAUUAAAUAUGGUAGACCUUCCCUUUUAAGUGCAUCCACUUGCAUGAUUCUGUGUGAGUUCCAUAUCACCAGGUGCUGCUAUUACUCUGAGUGGCUCCAGGCUUUUAAAUGUGAAAGAUCAUUCUGUUUGAAUUAAGAUCUUACGUUUUAUAUUGCAGACUCUCCUUCUACUCUGGGCACUCAUCAUUUGGAAUGUACUGCAUGCUGUUUCUGUCUGUAAGUAUUAUUCUUCCCUUUCCAGUAUUUACUUUGUACAAAUUGACCUGUACCCUAACCUAUACAUUAUUAUUGAUCCAUGUGGGAUCAACAUUUUCUGUUCUGUAAAGCUGUAAUUUUCAGCAACCAGGAUUAACAUAAACCUGUGAUACCAGGUUAACGUUAAGUUCUAACACUUCCUAAACACUUCUAUGUUUCUAAAGCAAUGAAUAUAUCUAAUUAUGCACAUCUCACUGUACACCUCCAACAUAAUGCCAUUCUCUAUCCAACAAGAGACUCCAUUGUAAAACCUCACCCCAGAGGGCUCUCCUUACAUGCCUCUUCCCUUUGGAAUAGGUUGUAGAUAUCAUCCAUAAUGAACUGGAUAGGGUUUUUUGUUUUUUUUGUCGUGCAGAACCCAUAUACAGGUGAUACUCGAAAAAUUUGAAUAUCGUUCAAAAGUUAAUUUAUUUCAGUAAUGCAACGUACAAGGGGAAACUAAAAUAUGAGAUAGACACAUUACAUGCAAAGCAAGAUAGUUCAAGCCGUGAUUUGUCAUAAGUGCGAUGAUUAUGGCUUACAGCUCAUAAAACCCCCAAAUCCACAAUCUCGGUAAAUUAGAAUAUUGUGAAAAGGUGCAAUAUUCUAGGCUCACAGUGUCCCACUCUAAUCAGCUAAGAAAGCCAUAACACCUGCAAAGGGUUCCUGAGCCUUUAAAUAGUCUCUCAGUCUGGUUCAGUAGGAAUCACAAUCAUGGGGAAGACUGCUGACCUGACAGUUGUGCAGAAAACCAUAAUUGACACCCUCCAUAAGGAGGGAAAGCCUCAAAAGGUAAUUUCGAAGGAAGUUGGAUGUUAUGUGGAAGGGAAAAGUGUGGAAGAAAAAGGUGCACAAGCAGCAGGGAUGACCGCAGCCUGGAGAGAAUUGUCAGGAAAAGGCCAUUCAAAAGCCGCUCCUGAACAACAAACAACAUCAGAAGCUUCUUACCUGGGCUAAAGAAAAACAGACCUGGUCUGUUGCUCAGUGGUCCAAAGUCCUCUUUUCUGAUGAGAGCAACUUUUGCAUCUCAUUUGGAAACCAAGGACCCAGAGUCUGGAGGAAGAAUGGAGAGGCAGACUCUGCAAAAUGCUUGAAGUCCUGUGUGAAGUUUCCACAGUCUGUGUUGAUUUGGGGAGCCAUCUCAUCUGCUGGUGUUGGUCCACUGUGCUUCAUUAAGUCCAGGGUCAACGCAGCCGACAACCAGAAGAUUUUGGAGCACUUCAUGCUUCCUUCCACAGACGAUAUUUAUGGGGAUGCUGACUUCAUUUUCCACCUGCCCACACUGCCAAAAACACCAAAGCCUGGUUCAAUGACCGUGGGGUUACUGUGCUUGAUUGGCCAGCAAACUCGCCUGACCUGAACCCCUUAGAGAAUCUAUGGGGCAUUGCCAAGAGAAAGAUGAGACAUGAGACUGAACAAUGCAGAAGAGUUGAAGGCCGCUAUUGAAGCAUACUGGUCUUCCAUAACACCUCAGCAGUGCCACAGGAUGAUAGCUUCAAUGCCACGCCACAUUGAGGCAGUAAUUGCUGCAAAAGGGGCCCAAACCAAGUAUGGAGUGCAUAUGCAUGCUUAUACUUUUCAGAGGUCCGAUAUUGUUCUAUGUACACUCCUUGUUUUAUUGAUUGCAUGUAAUAUUCUAAUUUACUGAGAUUGUGGAUUUGGGGUUUUCAUGAGCUGUAAGCCAUAAUCAUCACACUUGUGACAAAUCACGGCUUGAAAUAUCUAGCUUUGCAUGUAAUGCGUCUAUCUCAUAUAUUAGUUUUCCCUUUUACGUUGCAUUACUGAAAUAAAUUAACUUUUGCACGAUAUUCUAUUUUUUCGAGUAUCACCUGUAGGACUUUUUCAUUGGUUUCCUGAUUCAUUUUUCUGACCACUCGAGAUUGUUUGCAGAGACAUGUUGCCAACAUUUCUUAUUGCUUUCUAAACUCUCAGCUAUGGACCUCUGCUGACUCCAGUUGUCCAUUGGCUAAUAAUAUAAAACUUGACCUUUACCAUACCCAAUAAAAGGGUACUCACCAAUGAAACUGCUAAACAUUAAAUACAUAGUUACGUAUUAUUCGUCUAAUUCUAGUUUCACAGUAAUGUUUGUACAUGUAUGAUUAAAAAUGUAAAGAAAAUGUGUUUAGUGGACGAAGCUGCAUUUUAGCUACUGCUCCUUUUACUUUUGAGCACCUUUCAUAAUUAUCAGUUUACUGCCAUCUUUCCCGUUUCUUUUCCCUUCAAAUGUGGUCAGUGCUUAAUAACAUAACAUUAUCUCCUUCCAUAGCUGUAUGUCCAGGCCCGGCUGUGUGGUAAAUGGGCUCGCCUCCUCAGGCCCACAGUGCAGUUUUUCCUACUCUCCUUUGCACUCUAUGUUGGGUACACCCGUGUGUCUGAUUACAAGCACCAUUGGAGCGAUGUCCUUGUGGGACUUCUGCAAGGGGCACUAGUGGCUGCUCUUACUGUAAGUAUGCCCUGAAAAGAUAUUAUUUAUAUAUAUAUAUAUAUAUAUAUAUAUUUAUUUAUUUUAUUUAUUUUUAUUAUAAAUAUUGUAUGUAUUCUAUACAUAUGUAUAUUGCUGCCCCUUGGUUGUAUAUGGAGGUUUGUUAUUGUAAAUAAACACCAUGAAACAGACUCCUCACUGCAGCCGAUCCUCCCACAGUCCAAUCAGGUGCUUCUCAUAGAAAAGCAUUGAAGAACACUCUGCACAUGUGCCACAAUCACCAUGAUUCUCUAAAUGAAACUUUGAAUCCAUUGCUUCUCAUAGAGCAGCAGUGGACACACAGUGUUUGGGGUUAGCAUACUUUACACACUGACAACACAUUUGUUGUCAAAUAGAUUGAAUAUUUAUUCUUUUCCAGUUUUGAUCCUCUGGUAAUUGUCUUUAUGACAGCCAGUAGUAGAUGAGGAAACUGCAAAAUGUAAACAGUGCCAUUUCUCAGGCUGUCCCUUUAACCUUACCAUACCCGGUUUUGUCACUCAUAUUUCUUCUGUCCCUCUGUGGCUUGUUUAUGGUGAACACAUUCUCUGACCACACACACAUUCACUUGUGUUUGUUGGUCUUCACUGCCCUUAUAAAAAGCUGACAAAUCUACCAUUUUUGUGUCCCUUUCAUUGUGAAGGGCAGUACAUGCAAGUUCGUCCCUUUAAAAUGUAGAGUUUCUAUUCAUCAGUCAGUUGACAAACUAGUCCAGUGCCCUUUGCCUCUUGAUAUCCUCCUGCGAUACGACAUUUUAUGUAUAGGGCAGUGCUUCUCAGGAGGUGCGUGUACAUGAAAAUAUCUGCUAACCUUAAUCUUGUGCAUAUUGUGUAUUGUGGUGUACUUACUUUCUUCCCAAACAGAGGAGACCGGCACCAUUUUUGCAUUCACCAAAACUUGUCCUCACGUUUUGUUUUGGUUUUCCCUCCUAGGUUCGAUAUGUCUCAGAUUUUUUCAAGGUCAGACCACCGCAACAAACCAGCAAGGACCCUCUUGAGAGCAAACCAAGCCUCCAACUUUGUGAAUCAGAUCAAAAUCACUUUGGAUAUCUGGGGGGAUCCUGAGACACACGCAUGCAGCACCUUACCUCCCUCUGAGCAAUACUAACCAUUUCCUAGGGAUGCUCAAGCUCUAAUGGACAAUUCCUGUACACUAGCCAAUCCAACAGGCUCAUGGACUUAACGAGCAAAUUCUACUGGUUGAAAUUUGCUUGGAUAUUUCAAAAUUUUGUGACUUUUUUUUUUUUUCCAGCACAAAAACCAAAGUAGUUUUAUUUUUUUUAUUUUUAGGAUUUUUUUUAUUAUUGUCAUACUGCAGAUUGUGGUUGUGUGAUUGUAUGUGCAUGUUUAUUGGGGUUCUGCCCAUUUAAGAGUGCAGAUUGGUGAGUUCUUAGUUUGAUAUGUGCCAGCAUGUGCUAUUUUGACAUUGUAUGGUGUGUUAGCUGUGCAUUGUUUGUAUAUAUGAGAGUGAUAGUUUGUGUCUGGGUCUCUGUGACCCUUGUGUCUUAGCUAGCCUGUGGUUGCUAUUGUUUGAGUAAAUGUGAAGGAGGAGGUAGCAAUACCUACAUGUUGUGUUUCCUUCCCUAAUGGGUGCAGUUUGGCUCUCCAUUUUCCUUUUACGUGAGUGUGUGAGAACGAUGCAGCUCAAUUGUGCGUCACAAUGACUAUCUCUGUGUGUUGGUGUCUCCCCAGAUUAUUUUAACCACUGCUCAUCAGCACAAAGCUUCUAAAGGGUAAUCAGAGAUCCUUGAGAGCUUGGGAAAGUGCAUUAAUGGGAGAGGUCAAAGGAUAAAGUUCCUUUAAGACACUCCUUGUACAUAAUAUAUAUUCAUUUAUUGGGUUUUACUGUGUAUUACACCCCGAGUCUGUGUGUUGGUUAAAAACGAGACAAAGUCCACAGUGUCCAUUUGGCAAUGAUGGGGUAACUGCUUUAAUCCAUUAGCCCAUUGUCUGUCUGCAACAUUAUCAUUAAGCUUUUUUGGCUUAUUUUUGUUCAUUUUUUUUUUUUUUUUUUAAUUUGCAAUGCAGUUUCAAAAGCUAAAUACCCUGUUAUUUUUCACAUGAUACAAACUCCUUACUCCCACCCUGAAUAGAACUUUCUGACGAACUUCUUUGAGCACUGGGAUGUGUACAUUUAAUAAUAAAAUCCACUUUUACCUUCCUGCUUUCCCUACAAGAUGCACACAUUAUGUAGUGCUACCUGCGUGAAGCAAUUGGAUAAUGCUUUGCGACCCUGCAGACCCCCACUAUCUCAAAAAUAAUCUUGUGCAGCACACACAGCCUCGGGGCAUACUGACCAAAUGCAAUUUUUGUAAUUAAUGCUUUUUUAAUUGUAUAAAAUAGAAUAAAAUGUUAUAAAGCAGAGGGAGGACUAACCAUGCCUCCAGAUAUCACAUUCUCCUGGCCUGUGAUUUGUUGGGCAGAGGGAUUGGAUAGUGGCUUAACUGAUUUAGUAAUGAUGCAUUAAGGUGGCAUAUUGUGUUGAGUUGCUCCCUUUGUCACAAUUGUUUUAUGUAUUGUAUGAAAUAGUUUUUUUUUGUUUUGUUUUUUAAGACCCUUGUUUGGGAAAUGUAUUUAGCAGUGUAUAUAGUAAAGUGAGUAUAUGCACAUUUGAAAUUUUAUAUUGGAAAAUUAUAUCUAUUAAAACUAUUGAUCACGCAGCAGUUCUUGAGCAUCCACUUUGGUCAGAUGUGUAACACUGAAGAGGUUACAGUGUUGCAGUGUAUUGUUAGCAAUGUGCUUCAAUCACCCCCUCCCUUGCAGGUAGAGACAUUUCAAUCUCAUCUCGGCACUACUUUGCAGAGUUUAGCUGCCAUGGGGAAGAACGACGGUCUCUGCUGUAGGAAUGCUGCCCACCCUGAAACUCCAGUUCUUGUUGUAGCACAUCCCCACUCUCUUACUAUUACCUAAGGGCAGGAAUGGCAAUCCACCUGUUUUAAGCUAAAUCUACAUUCUUCUACAGUUCUCCUCUUCCUUUAAUUUGACUUUGAAUUACAAUCUCAUUUGAAGUCACUUAUCCCACUGCUGUUAUGAAGCAAAUUUCAGUAUGUGCACCCCUGUUUCUCUUUGCCAAUGUAUCCUCUUAUAUAACAAUUUAACAUUUUGAGUGCUGGGUACAUGAGCAUUUUAAUACCAUACAUAUGCUUCAUUUAUAUUUAAAUUAGCCUCUUACACCCCUAUUAUUUUGCACCUCAUAUUGCAAUAUUAUGUUAAUAUUUUUUUUUUUUUUAUUCUUUAUCUUUGCUGUGCAGAAAAGUACAAAGAUGCCUGCAAUGCCACGACAGCAUAAACAAGCACAUUCAUGUCCAACAUAGUGUAACAAAGGCAUGGCAUUUCAGAUAUAAGCACAAUUUUAAAGCAUAAUAAUCAAGAAAACAAAUGGGUUGUAUCAUUAAAUUAAAAUAAAAGAAUAAGUAGCAAAAGACAGACAAACAGACAUGAGAUUAUCAGGAGAAUGAGAAACCACUGCUUCACACUUUACUAUAUAGAUACUGAAUGCAAUUUUUUUGUUGUUCUUUAGUGAGAGUUUACUUUUUUUUAUUCCAUAAAAAUUGCGCAUAUAUUGCAUGUUUUUUAAUGUAUUAAAUAACAUUCCAUUAUUUGCUAUUCUCACAUGGUAACUAUAGUGUACAAACUUAAUCUGCUACAGUGUUGUUUAGGCAUCCAGCUCUAAUUCUGAAUUAGAAUUUUAACUACAGUUUGGGAUUGGCCUUUACAAUUUCCUAUUUAUCCAGUUAGCUCAUUCUAGAAAGGUAAUGUUACUAAAGAAAUGUGUGAGUGGAAGCUAUUAAUAAACCUAUUCUUUGUAGUAAGGAGAGAAAGAGUUGUGGGGGUAUUUUGUUUUAAUCCCAAUUGGGCAAGAUAAUUUUUCCUGCACAGGGUGGGACAGUCAGACAUCCUGUGCAAGGAGCAGGAGAACCUGUCCCCCUCCCCUCUCUUGUGCCUCCCUUUUAAAUUCUGUAGACGGGAAGAACUUGCUACCUGAGAGGAUGUUACUCAGCCUGAAAGCAUCCGUUUGCUGGCAGAGAGCCUGGGGAACAGGGAGAGGAGGAACAGACAGCUAAUGGGAACGGAGAAAAGAUGGAGUUGCAAAGAAACAUUGAGAGCAGAAUGAGUAUUGGCAACAUUGUGCAGAGUGUGGGGGAUCAGGCUGAGGGGGGGAGUAAGUAAGCUAGGAACCUGCAAACAAAAAAAUGUUCAGAGCAUGGUGUACCAACAUAGGGUUGGGGGGGGGUUUGUGUUUUGGGGGAAAAAGUUGAGUGGAAUUUGGUGAGCUUUAAAGGACCACUCUACACCCAGACCACCUCAGCUUAAUGAAGUGGUCUGGGUGCCAGGUCCCUCUAGGAUUAACCCUUUUUUUUUUUUUAUAAACAUAGCAGUUUCAGAAAACUGCUAUGUUUAUAAAUGGGUUAAUCCAGCCUCUAAAGCCUCUAGUGGCUGUCUCAUUGACAGCCACUAGAGGCGUUUGCGUGCUUCUCACUGUGAAAAUCACAGUGAGAAGACGCCAGCAUCCAUAGGAAAGCAUUUUAAAUGCUUUUCUAUGAGACUGGCUGAAUGCACACGUAGCUCCUGCCGCGCAUGCGCAUUCAGCCGAAGAGGCGGAGAGGAGGAGGAGAGCUCUCCGCCGGCGAUGGAAAAAAAAGUUAAGAUUUAACCCUUUCCUCUCCCCAGAGCCCAGCGGGAGGGGGACCCUGAGGGUGGGGGCACCCUCAGGGCACUAUAGUCCUGGCACUAUAGUGGUCCUUUAAAGUGAAAGGCAGUGACAGGCUAAGUGCCCCAGAAAAGAGUAAGUAGAACAGCGGUUCAGUAAUGGCCACAGUGCAUUGCUUGGCACAGUCUUCAUGUAGUGCUUGUCUUGUUUACCUAUUGUACAGCGCUGUGUAAUAUGUUGGCACUUUAUGCGUACUUGUAAUUGGUAUAGAUACGAGAAGGUAACUAAUGUGAUCAGAAUCAGUCUGUUAGUCCUGGAAGGGGAGCUGAUGCAUAUUGUCUUUGAGACAAAUAAAAAAAAAAAAGUGGCAAAAAAAACCACCUCACUCUAAUGGGUGAGCAUCAGAGAAGGAAAUCCUUCUCCUACGAUUCUAUCUGCCAAAAAGAGUUAAAAUCUGUAGGGACCUGGGUAGCGUUUUAGGUCCCCUGACAUAAUUUUUCAAUUCAUCCAGAAAGUUAUAAUUCUAAUCAUGUUCAGAAAAUAAAAAUGUUAAAGGGAUAACUGAACAAUGAAUCUUUAGUGUGAUUAAACAUGUUGGGUUCAAAUAGGCACAUUUCUUUUUGCCUAUACUUUAAAUUUCCAAUUUAGCACUAAUCUCUAUUAAAGGAACACUAUAGUAUUAGGAAUACAAACCUGUAUUACUAACACAAUAGUGCUGAAAAAAAUGUUUAGGUGACCGGCUCAACUGUCUGUGGAGUAUAAAGUUAUUUAACCCCUUAGUGGCCAGACCGUUUUUCAAUUUUCUUACCAUUAAGGACCAGGGCUAUUUUUACAAUUCUGCGGUGUUUGUGUUUAGCUGUAAUUUUCCUCUUACUCAUUUACUCUACCCACACAUUAUAUACAGAUUUUCUUGCCAUUAAAUGGUCUUUCUAAAGAUACCAUUAUUUUCAUCAUAUCAUAUAAUUUGCUGUAAAAAAUUGAGAAAUAAAAUGUAAAAAAAAAACCUUUUUCUAUCUUUGACCCCCCGAUUCUGUUGCGCAUCUCAAUCGCCAAAAAAACACCCGUGCUAAAUAGUUUCUAUGUGUGUGAGUAUUCAGCAGUCUUUAUGUAUUCAGCAGACUGUGUGUGUGUAUAUAUUAAGCAGUCGGUGUGUGAAUGUGUUCAGCAGUAUUGCAUUUGUUGGAGAUACUAAUAAAUAUAUGCUUAACUUUUAUCUAUUUAUUUCAUUAUUUAAAAUUUGUAUCAUUGAACUCUGUGUUCUUCUUUUAAAACAAAUGUUAGUUCGGACAACUGUACAAGUUGUUUUUUCUAAACUUAAACCUCAGUAUUCAGGUUUAAUUGCCGUGUUGGCACAUUGAGGAAAAAAAAGUUGGCAUGUAUUGCGGUUUGGGCACUCGGGCUCAAAAAGGUUCGCC